AUGGAGCUCUCAAAAGUGCCUAUUUUAGGCAAGGAAAUUAUCCAUGUCGGAUACAACAUAGCAGACCACAUUGUGAAAACUAUAGUCGAAGGUUGUUCCUCCUCGACUUACGUUGUGGUCAAUGACACGAACAUCGAAAAAGUCCCAUACUAUCAUGAUUUGGUGCAAGCCUUAGGCUCGACCGUAGAGGAAUUAGGCUCUCGAUUGCUGAGAUACUCUGUCAAGCCCGGUGAAGCGCACAAGACCAGAGAACAGAAGGCAGAGAUCGAAGACUACUUGCUGAGUGAGGGAUGUACUAGGGACACUGUCAUCAUCGCCAUUGGUGGUGGUGUCAUCGGCGACAUGGUUGGUUUCGUGGCAGCGACUUUUAUGAGAGGUGUCAGAGUCGUGCAAGUUCCCACAUCACUGCUGGCCAUGGUCGAUUCCUCCAUUGGCGGUAAAACUGCAGUCGACACUGCACUCGGGAAAAACUUUAUCGGUGCUUUCUGGCAACCCCAGUUCGUCCUGGUCGAUAUCAAAUGGCUUGAAACGCUUCCCAGAAGAGAGUUCAUUAACGGUAUUGCAGAAGUCAUCAAAACCGCAGCCAUCUGGAAUGGGGACGAAUUUGCGCGCCUUGAGGAAAACGCAGACAGCUUUUUGCAGGUCGUGAACGGAGCCAAGACCACGCGUGUUUCCGUGGCAGGCCAAACUCACCAGGUUUCCGUCACAAAUAUCGGACACAUCCUCGAUCACGUCUUCAAACUAGUUCUAGAAAGCAUCAAGGUCAAGGCCCACGUUGUCUCCUCCGAUGAGAGAGAGUCCGGACUAAGAAACCUACUGAACUUCGGACAUACCAUCGGACACGCCUACGAAGCAAUCUUGACUCCACAGGCUUUGCACGGCGAGUGUGUGUCAAUCGGUAUGAUCAAAGAAGCUGAGUUGUCUCGCUAUCUGAACAUUUUGUCGCCCACCCAGGUUGCGCGUCUAACUAAGAUUUUGGCGGCUUACGGACUUCCUAUUUCUCCUGAUGAGAAAUGGUUCAAAGAUCUUACGCUGCACAAGAAAACUCCAUUGGACGUUUUGCUCAAAAAAAUGAGUAUAGACAAGAAAAACGAUGGUUCAAAGAAGAAGGCGGUUCUUCUAGAGACCAUUGGUAAGUGCUACGGUACCUCUGCUCACAACGUCUCUGAUGAAGAUUUGCGUUUUGUGCUGACCGAUGAAGUUUUGGUUAAGACUUUCACAAAAUUGGAAAAUGGACAGUCCAAAACCAUCAUUCCACCUGGUUCAAAGUCCAUUUCUAAUCGUGCCCUGAUUCUAGCAGCUCUAGGAGAGGGUACAUGUAGGGUUAAAAAUCUGCUUCAUUCUGAUGACACCAAGCACAUGUUACAUGCCGUCCAGCAGCUCAAGGGAGCAUCCAUUUCCUUUGAGGACAACGGUGAAACUGUGGUUGUCAAAGGUCAUGGGGGUAAAACUUUAGAAGCAACCUCUGAGCCUUUGUAUUUGGGUAACGCUGGUACUGCCUCCAGAUUUUUAACAUCUGUUGCUGCCCUUGUUAAGUCCUCCUCGACCCAUAACAGCGUUGUUCUUACCGGUAAUGCUAGAAUGCAGGAAAGACCAGUCGGCCCCCUUGUGGACUCUUUGCGUGAAAACGGAACGAAGAUCGAAUACCUCAAUAAGGAAGGUUCAUUGCCACUCAAAAUCGACACUGACUCGCAUUUCAAAGGUGGCAAAAUUGAGCUCGCCGCCACCGUCUCAUCUCAAUAUGUUUCCUCUAUCCUUAUGUGUGCUCCAUACGCGGAUGAGCCUGUGACGCUUUCUCUAGUCGGAGGCAAGCCGAUCUCCAAGCUUUACAUUGAUAUGACCAUCAAAAUGAUGGAAAAGUUUGGUGUGAAAGUGGAAGUUUCUACCAUUGAGCCUCAUACCUAUCAUAUUCCAAAAGCGAGCUAUGUCAACCCACCUGAGUAUGUGAUCGAGAGUGAUGCAUCCUCUGCUACCUACCCCUUGGCUUACGCAGCUAUGACAGGUACCACCGUCACAGUUCCUAACAUUGGUUUUGAGUCAUUGCAGGGCGACGCUAGAUUCGCGCGCGACGUAUUAAAGCCAAUGGGAUGUGUGGUUGAGCAAACUGAGACCUCAACAACCGUUACAGGGCCUCCCGUAGGUACUUUGAAACCUCUAAAACAUGUGGACAUGGAGCCUAUGACAGAUGCAUUCCUAACGGCAUGUGUAGUUGCCGCCGUCGCUCAUAGCGAUGGUACAGAGACUCCUAACGUUACUACAAUUGAAGGUAUCGCAAACCAGCGUGUGAAAGAAUGUAACAGAAUUUUGGCGAUGGUCACUGAACUAGCAAAAUUCGGUGUAAAAGCUAACGAGUUGCCAGAUGGAAUCCAAGUUCACGGUGUUGACUCUUUGGCAGAUUUGAAGGUUCCUACUUCUGUCGAUUCUUACGAUGACCAUCGUGUCGCGAUGAGUUUCUCGCUUUUAGCAGGAAUGAUUAAGCCUAAGGACAAGGGCGAAAGUACUUCUGUCAGAAUCUUAGAAAGACACUGUACAGGUAAAACUUGGCCAGGUUGGUGGGAUGUUUUGCACACUGAACUGGGCGCCUCUUUGGACGGUGCUGAGCCCUUAGAGGACACGUUGCAGACUCGGAAGACUAGCGUUGUGAUCAUUGGUAUGAGAGCUGCUGGUAAGUCCACUGUAAGCAGCUGGUGUUCUAGCGCGUUAAACUACAAGUUCUUGGAUCUAGAUACUGUUUUCGAGGAGCAGUACCAAAAGGGUACGGUGAAGGACUUUGUUGCAGAGAAGGGUUGGGAAGCAUUCCGCAAAACGGAGGCUGAAAUCUUCAACACUAUCAUUUCGACCCACAGUGAGGGUUACGUUCUGUCAACUGGAGGCGGAAUUGUUGAAAGCGCUGAAUCGAGAAAGGCGUUGAAGGCCUUCGCCGCUCAAGGUGGUAUCGUUUUGCAUCUACAUCGUGAUAUAGAUGAGACGAUCAACUUUCUGCGCAGCGAUCCAACUAGACCAGCUUAUGCUGAAGAAAUCAGAGACGUCUGGGAGAGAAGAGAGCAAUGGUACCGCGAGUGUUCGAAUUUUGUUUUCUUCGCUCCUCACUGUGGCACUCCAACCGAGUUUGGUCAACUAAGAAGGUCGUUCGCAUCAUACAUCAAAACCAUUACUGGUAAUUGCGAGGUCGCUAUUCCAAAGAACAGGUCAGCUUUUGUGUGUUUGACAUUCGAGGAUUUGACGCAGAAUAAGGAUACCCUUGUGGACGUGACUUACGGCUGUGAUGCUGUCGAACUUCGGGUUGAUCACUUGAAGAGCUUUGACUUGUCCUUCGUCGCUAAGCAAUUGAGUCUGCUGCGUGCUGGUACUAAUUCUCUGCCAGUCAUCUUCACUGUGAGAACCCAAAGCCAGGGCGGUAAAUUCCCAGAUGAACGCCAAGACGAACUUUUCAAGCUUUUCGACCUUGCCUUGAAAGCUGGCGUAGAAUAUAUUGAUCUUGAAUUGACUUUGCCAACCGAAUUGCAAUAUAAGGUUGUUAACAGGAAAAACAAUACCAAGAUUAUUGGUUCUCACCACGAUUUUAGUGCCUCAUUUGAUUGGGAAGACUCUGAAUGGGAAAACAGAUACAACCAGGCCCUAUCUCUGGAUCUCGAUGUCAUCAAGUUUGUCGGCACCGCCAAGAGCUUCGAGGACAACAUUAAACUGGAACAAUUUAGAUCGACUCACACCAGCAAGCCCUUGAUUGCAAUCAACAUGACUGAUGCGGGCAAAAUGUCUAGAGUGAUGAACACCGUUCUAACUCCCGUGACGUCGAGCUUGCUGCCUUCUGCGUCAGCACCUGGCCAGCUGACUUUGGCUCAAAUUAACCAGAUUUACUCAUCUUUAGGAGGUAUUUCCGCCAAAGAGCUUUUCGUUGUUGGAUCGCCCGUCGGGCACUCCAGGUCACCGGACAUGCACAACCUAGGCUUUGAGAUCUUGGGUCUUCCUCACACUUUUUGCAAGUUCGAAACAACAUCAGUGGAAGAAGUUAAGAAGACCAUACUUUCCAAGCCAAACCUGGGUGGACUGGCCGUGACUAUCCCACUAAAGCUGGAUAUUAUGCAGUACAUGGACGAGCUUUCUGAGUCUGCUAAGCUGGUUGGAGCCGUAAACACUGUUGUCCCAGUGGAGGGCAAGUUGGUGGGCGACAACACGGACUGGAUUGGCAUCUAUGACUCUUUUGUGGCGCAAGGUGUUCCAGAAAACGUACAGUCGGCAUCAGGUUUUGUCGUUGGUGCUGGUGGCGCUUCCCGUGCAGCUAUUUAUGCGCUCCACAAGCUGGGAUGUUCCACCAUCUACAGCAUCAAUAGAACCGUGCAGAAAUCUUAUGAGAUGAAGGAACAAUUUCCCGCGCAUUUCAAUGUUAAAGUGCUUGAAAUCCCCGAGCAAAUCGAUGAGAUCGCUGAGAACAACGUAGGGUUGGCCGUAAGCUGCGUACCAGCCGAUAAACCACUGGAUGCCAGUUUGCUCGCGAGAGUUGAGAAAUUGUUUGCUAAAUCUCAAAGUGUCGGUUUCACUCCAACACUUUUGGAAGCUGCCUACAAACCCAGUGUGACGCCUCUUAUGACCAUCGCUGAGACCAAGUUCAACUGGCAGGUUAUUCCUGGUGUGGAGAUGCUCGUUUACCAGGGUGUGGCGCAAUUUAAGCUGUGGACUGGUUUCAAAGCUCCUUUGAAAGCUAUUCAUGAAGCUCUCACUCAGUAA